GUGCAAACACUGCACUUAGAUUUGUCCAGCUCCUCACUAUAUUAUCAAGAUGCCCCAAGACACAGUAGCUAAGCCAACUGCCACUAUUAAAAGCUCUGCAUCAGCAAAUACUUUACAUUACACAGCAUGAAUCUUGGCCUGAUUAUCAGCUAGCAGCAGAAAUCACAGAGGCUCUGUACGCUUUACGACAGGCAGUGAGUAAAGGUUCGGCAUAAUAAACUCCCAGACCUCCUGCUCUUUAGCAAAGGCAUAAAUACGACAGAAAGAGAGGAGCAAAUAAUCCACUCCGUGUGCACUGAACUCCUCUUUCUCUAAGGUGGGUAAGAGAUGGAGCCCAAUGAAGCAACUGUACAGUACAACCGAUGGAAUGAAGACAACAUUAACAUGAACGUAGCUGCUUCUCAGACUAGCCUGAAUGGGGUCUAUAACAAACUGUGCACGGGGCAGCUGGGCGUGGUUAUGAGAGUGGCAGGCUCGCUGGCUGUAAUGGCUUCCAUGUACAUCCUCGGCUACGUCACCGGAUACUACGUCCAUAAAUGCUGACACCGUCGAAGACAUUUCACUGUUGUGGCCAACAACAUAUGAUGAAUAAAUUAACUGUGAAGUGAUUUAUAUAUUCAUUCAUUCUCGAUGAAACACAUUUUACUUGAAGUUCCAGUUUUUACCAGUGUUAUAAAAAUGUUAAUGAGUGCUUUUUCAUCUAUGAUUUUAUUUGCUCCAUUAGAGUUUGUAGAAUGUAUGCUUUGUCAAUUUUAAAUAGAACAUUUCUCAUUGAAUUACCUGUUUAUUACUUUAAUUUUGCUUAGACCUGAAAAGAAUACAGAAAUAGUGUAAUGCCACUAAAUGAAAGAUCUUUUAUAUGUUAGGUCAGUGAAAAAUUAAACAGGAAAGGCCAUGCAGUUAUAGCGAGAUAAUUGAUGACUGGGUGAUGUAAAGCAGAGCAAGCAUUAUGUCAUUGCAGUUAAUUAUUCUCCUAUAGCAGCAUGUCCUGGGGUAUUUUAUAUUGUUUGUACCACACCGACUUGGAUGGAUACACAUUUAUUAAUAAACAUGACAUUGAAUAUCACA